AUGCCUCCUAAAACAGUCAGUAAAGGUUCUAAAAUGAUCAGCAAACCAACCAAAGGUAGUGCUAGCAAAUCAGGUGCUAGUGCUAAUGUUGAAAAGAAACAUAAUAAAAAGAAACGUAAAGAAUCAUAUUCGAUUUAUAUUUAUAAAGUUCUAAAACAAGUUCAUCCUGAUACGGGUAUUUCGAGUAAAGCAAUGUCGAUUAUGAAUAGCUUCGUAAAUGAUAUUUUCGAACGUAUUGCGAGUGAAUCUUCACGAUUAGCGCAAUAUAAUAAACGUCAAACAAUAUCAUCUCGCGAAAUUCAAACAGCUGUUCGACUUUUAUUACCUGGUGAACUUGCAAAACAUGCUGUAUCAGAGGGUACCAAAGCUGUAACGAAAUAUACAAAUCAAAAAUAA